AUGGUGGAUAAAAAAGAAAAAAACGACAAAGGAGAUGCGGACAACGACGACGACGAAGAAUAUAAAAACGACGACAAAGAAGACGAAAACAGCAAAUGCGAUGACGACGACGACGAAGAAUAUAACAACGACGACAAAGAAGACGAAAACAGCAAAUGCGAUGACGACGACGACGAAGAAUAUAACAACGACGACAAAGAAGACGAAAACAGCAAAUGCGAUGACGACGACGACGAAGAAUAUAACAACGACGACAAAGAAGACGAAAACAGCAAAUGCGAUGACGACGACGACGAAGAAUAUAACAACGACGACAAAGAAGACGAAAACAGCAAAUGCGAUGACGACGACGACGAAGAAUUCAAAGACAACGAAGGCAACGAAGGCGGCGGAGAUGACGACGACGACGAAGAAUUCAAAGACAACGAAGGCGGCGGAGAUGACGACGACGACGAAGAAUUCAAAGACAACGAAGGCAACGAAGGCGGCGGAGAUGACGACGAAGACGAAGAAAUGGAGACUGAGGAGGAGAAGAGGAGGAAGCAUUCAACAGGGCAUGGAAGUGGCGAAGAAGAAUAA